UUAGAGGAUGGGCUGGUAUGUGAGACUUCAAACAGCUUUCGACCCCAGGUUGAAGUUCAGCAGACUACUUGUUCACCUGGUGCAGGAAGAACAGGGUGGGCCAGCACAGUGUUCUAGCGCUCAAGUGUACCAGUGUCUGCACGACUGUCAGGUCGCAGGAAUUCGUGGUGCACACUUGGUGCACUUAGACCUCUCAGCCGUUAGAGGUGCUUCCCGACUUGCACUGUAUCCUGCCUCGCUUGCCUCUCACCAUGAUGAGUGUUGCACAGACACCGGCAAGCUCGAUGUGGAGAUGGUUUUCGAUGGCCCGAGAGGCAGGCGGCCCUACCUACUACCCUCUCCAGCAGCUGCCAUACCCAGCCUUUGCCUGGCACAUCCAGACUGCUCUCAGCAUCAUCGUCUUCCUCGUUCCCAUCAUUCCCUUCGUCUUCCUGCUGUUGUCGUCAAGGCAGAAGCACUGGCCCUCCUUCAUAGUGGUGCUCCUGUGCUUCCUGACGGGGUUCGUCCUGACGGUGGUGUUUGGGUCGUCGUGGUGGAUGGUGGGGCAGGCGGAGGUGGUGAUGAGCGUAGGACCUCUCCGGCCACCAGUGGGGGGCACCAUGGGCGUGUUGGCGGGGCUCGCUCACGUUAACCUCACCUACAUCACCCCGACCUUCUCCCUGAACGAGAUGGUAUCAUGGACAACGCAGAUGGACUUAAUGCUCGCACACAGGAGGGCACUGCGGGCAGGGUGGCCUUGGGGCCUGCUGUGCCUGACGGCGGAGCUGGGCGGCGAGAGCAGGGCGUGGCGUGGGUCUCUAGGUGACGGUCUCAGAGAAGCAGGGUUGAUCACCUCCUCCCUGCUGGUGGCAGCCAUGUACGUGUGGGGGAUUUGGGUUGUGCUCUUCACCGUGGCCCCGGAGCUCACUGCUCUCCCACUCAUGCUGACGGGGUUGCUCAUGGCCCUCGCAUCUCUCACUUACGUCGUCUGUAUUGGCGCUCACAUCCCCUCCAAGUUGAUGGUGAGCGGGACUAGCAUGGAGCUGCAGCUGGGGUUAUCGUGGUGGCUGACCACGGUCACGGGGAUAAUAUUAACGGCUGCUGGUUGUGGUCUGUUUCUCUAUGAUGCAAAGUACCCUGGAUAUCUCUCGCUAUAUUUCGAGAUGGAUUUUGGAACAGAAAGUCGCAGACUGUUUCCCCCGAGUUGGGACCAUACUGAAACUCUACUGGCAUAUACUUCUCCAGAUACCUCUUCUCGGGGAUAUUCUACAUUUUAUUUAAAUAGCAAACAAACAAGCCCCAAGAAAGUUGUGGAUAACAACGCAUAUUACACGCCUGACGAGAAUAACAACUAUCAGCUAAACUACAACGCAAUGACUUAUAACCCAAACCAGGGAACAGAUGUUAUGUUGAAAGAGAACGGAAUAAUUUCAUUUUAUUACGAGCGUACUGUUCCUGGUCCUUCACAAAGUUUUGGGAGAGGGCCAAUGAUGACAAAUUGCGAGAGUAUCACGCAGGGAGCCGGCAGCCUAGCGCACCACCAGCAACACACGCCCCUCACCAACAAUCCCAACACACUACGCCGACGGUCUCCGGAGGUGACGGGGCCUUCACAGCUAAUGUUACCCUUGUUCUGCACGACUCCAAAGUCCCACGAGCCUGUAAACCCACGCCACAGUCAGGGCUUGUCCCUACACUCCAGACCAAGUUUCUUGGUUCGAUCUGGCAGGAAAUCUUUUAAGCAGUUAAUGUCCAGAGAUAACUCCAAGUUCAGCCCAAGGAACUAUCCGAAGGCGUCGCUAAUUUCCUGUCGGAAGACCUCUCGCUUUCUUUCGAGCAGCGCUUCUGAGCAAGUGUUGGAACGUUCACAGCAGGAUACAAUAGCUAAAGAACUGAUGCAGUCCAGCACUCUCUUUUAGGCUAUUGUCAUAAUUUUCUUCCCUAAGAUUUUUAGUGCAGUAGUUGAUUACACUUUCCUACAUUUACUUUGUUUUAUAAAGAAACUCAGAGGCAUGCCCACAUUUGUAUUUAAUUUGUACUACCUAGAGCUAAUAAGCCCAUAAAAAAUUAUUGUUCAUAUGUUGUAUAAAAGUAUUUUAGCCAAUAUUUGUAAAUGUUUCUUCAUAUAUAUAUAUAUAAGUAAAUUUUUUUAUUUAUCCACUUCAAAAUAAAUAUAUAAGCGUA